AUGGUCUUUGGGGAAAGGAAAGAAGUAGUCUGGUCUAAAAUACCCAGCCCUUUGAGCCUCUAGGAGCUUGAUGCUGACUGGGGACAAGGGUGGAACAGGGCCAGGUCAUAGACCAUGGGAGAUGUCCUACCAUCUGGUGGUCUGUGGGGGUCUUUGCUUGCAAAACUGGGGGCUAAAUCCAUUGCCUACACCUCAAAGGGGUCCUGCUGACCUUGGAAAUGACUUGGGGGCAGGUCUUCUUGCCCUGGUUUAGCUAGGGGCCAAGGAGCAGUGUAGCAAUCUUUGCAUUUUCAGUGCUGACCCUGGUUUCCCUUCUAAAUCCAUGGCACAAUUCUUUUGUCUCCUGCCAGCCUGGGAAGGCUUAUUUUUCAGCCAUAUCCUGCCUCAAAGGAGGAAAACUGGGCAAGGGGAAAUAGGGAAAAGAAACAGAGAAAAGAAUGAGAAGGAAGAGAGAGCAGGAGGAAGGCACUGAGGAAGAAGGAGUGUGUCUGAAAGAAAGGAGGGAGCCAUCACGGCUCCUCAGCUAGUGGCUAGCAGCCUGGUAUGAAUCGUGACUGCGAUCACACUGGUGUGUGAAGCUGAGUCAGACACAUUCCUGUGCACUGGGCAAGGCGACUCUCCAGGGGUGGGUUAAGGGGGGUGGGUGGGUGUCACACCUCUCCAGCAUCUGAGCUGAAAGAAGAGAGGCUAGGGAGAAGGAGAAACCCACUUGUCCAUGGAGUCGGCUGUUUUUCUGCCCAGCAAACACUGGAGGAGCAAGAAAGUGAGGAGCUGGUGAAGAGCACAGACCUUUCCUCCUGGCCGUCAGCAGUUACUUUGCACCUGUCAGCCUUGAAGGGGUGGGUGGUGUCCCUUCCUCAACUUUUAAUUGACGAAAACCGCUGGACGGAGCUUCUGAUGGACAAGAUCAGCAAAAUGGACUGGAUGGCUGGAGGUGAGGAAUAGACUUCUCUGGAGCACCUUAUGUCUGUCGAGCUCACACCAUUCAUCCGUUCCUGGGCUUCUCUUAAGAAUAUUUGUGUCUCAUAUAGCAAGCAGGGAGGGCAGAGAUAAGGAACAGGUCUCUCACAGCCCGAUUGCUCUCCCACCCCAAUCCCCAAGAUGUCUUGUGACCCUGCCCUCAUCAGUGUAAAGCCUGGAGAGGAUCCUGAGGGUGGCGGCUUCUCAGAGGAAAGUGGCAGUGGGGGUGACAGCAGUAGUGCCCUGGGAGAGGACAGCCCAGUCACAGGGCCGCUGGGCACAGUGCUGCUGCUCAUGUGCCUUGUUGGGAUGGUCGGGAACAUCUACACGGUGCUGGUGGCCUCCGGCAGGGUGGUGGGCCGCUCAGCGGGCUCCCUGGGGGUCUACGUGAUCAACCUCGCCCUGGCCGACCUCCUGUACCUCUCCACCAUCCCCUUCGUGGUCUGCACCUACUUUGCCCACGACUGGUUCUUCGGGGACGCAGGCUGUAGGAUUUUAUUCAGCCUGGACCUCCUUACCAUGCAUGCCAGCAUUUUCCUUCUGACCGCCAUGAGCCUGGAGAGGUACUGGGCAGUGAUCAGGCCGCUGCGGGCCAGGCGGGCCAGCAACGCUUACCGCAGGCUGGCCAGCGCCGUUCUCUGGCUCCUUGCGCUCCUGCUUACGGCCCCCAUGAUGGCGAUGACCCAGCUGCGGGAGGGGGAUGGCCCCCACAAGCGCAUCUGCGUCCCCACCUGGACGCCGGCAGCCUUCCGUCUCUACCUGACGGUGCUCUUCGCCACCAGUGUCCUGGUGCCCGGCAUGGUGCUGGGCAUCGUCUACACCCGCCUGGCCCAGGCAUACCGCUCCUCCGCCUGGCCCUCGGGGCUGCCGGCGGCUGGCCGGGCUCCCACCAGGUGUCUCUCCUCCAGGAUCUCUGCCAUCGUGGUGGCCUACUGGGCCUGCUUCCUUCCCUUCUGGGGCUGGCAGCUGGCUGGGCUGUACUGGGGCGAGGGCCUGGGCAUUGGCCCCACCGCCCAGGCCUACCUCAACUUUGGUGUCACCUGCCUGGCCUAUGGCAACAGCUGCGUCAACCCCUUCCUCUACACCCUGCUGGCCAGCAGCUACCGCCGGCGCCCUGGCCGCAGAGGGUCAGGGAUGGUGUGGCCCCACGCACCCUUCCUGGAUGCCACGGGAGGCCACAGCAUCCCCCUGGCUUCGGGGGAAAUGUUGGGGUCCAUGGGGGAAAGCGUGGGAAGCCCCAGACCUUGAGCAGUUCCCUGGGUGAGGG